AUGGCUGAGGGCCGAGUGUACAACUUCUCAGCAGGACCCAGUGCCAUGCCACUGGAGGUGCUUGAGGAGGUUCAGCGCGAAAUGGUGAACUACAAAGGUUGUGGCAUGAGCGUCAUGGAGAUGUCGCAUCGUUCCAAGGAGUUCAUGGCCAUUGCCGCCGAAGCCGAAAAGAAUUUGAGGGAUAUCUUUGGCGUUCCAAGCGAUUACAAAGUCCUCAUGAUGCAGGGAGGAGCGACUUUGCAGUUCUCCUCGAUUCCGCUGAACAUGCUCGGAAGCAAGACCAAGGCCGACUACCUUGUGACCGGGCAAUGGGGUGAGAAAGCACACAAGGAGUGCAACAAAUAUGGGACAGGACAGUUAGCGUGCAACACCAAGGGGACCAAGUUUACCACAAUCCCUCAGAAAUCAGAGUGGAAGUUGGACCCAGAGGCAGCAUAUGUGCACUACUGUGCCAAUGAGACGGUCAACGGGGUUGAGUUUAGCUACACCCCAGAUGUUGACACCGUGCCUCUGGUGGCUGACAUGUCAUCCAAUUUCUGUUCCAAGCCUAUUGAAGUGAGCAAGCACGCCUUCAUUUAUGCAGGCAUCCAGAAAAAUCUGGGGCCUGCCGGCAUGUCCGUGGGAUUCUUACGGCCCGACUUUGCAGAUGGCAGCAAGGAGUUGAAGAUUUGUCCCACCUACUGCAGCUUCAAGACCACAGGUGACAAUGGAUCGAUGUAUAACACACCUGCCUGCUUCACCAUGUACGUCAUGGGAGAAUACUUGAAGUACACCAAGAAGCUGGGUGGUUUGGCCUAUUGGGCAGAGCAGUCGGACAAAAAGAGCGGCUUGCUGUAUGGGGCCAUCGACGGCUCAAAUGGCUUCUACAAUUGCCCAGUUGAAAAGACUGCAAGGUCACGAAUGAACGUGCCUUUCACGAUCAAUGGUGGCGAUGAAGCUCUUGAAAAGAAGUUCUUGGAUGAAGCCAAGAAGCACAAGCUCUAUACCCUUGCGGGUCAUCGUUCAGUGGGUGGCUGCCGAGCUUCCCUUUACAAUGGCUUGCCUCUUGAGGGUGUCGCCAAGCUCACCGACUUCAUGAAGUCCUUCAUGGAUGAGAACCGAAAAUGA